UGUUCUUUCUUAUAUAUUCAGGUGUUUCCAAUGUGGACACUGAAGAGACAAUUUCUUAUCCUUUUUAACAUGAUCCUAAUUUCCAAACUCCUUGAGGCUAGAUGGUUUCCUAAAACUCUGCCCUGUGAUGUCAGUAUGGAUCUUCCAAAGACCUAUGUGAUUGUGGACUGCACAGACAAGCAUUUGACAGAAAUUCCUGGAGGUAUUCCUGCCAAUACCACUAACCUCACCCUCACCAUUAACCACAUACCACACAUCUCUCCAGCCUCCUUCGACAGGUUGGACCAUCUGGUAGAGAUCGAUUUCAGAUGCAACUGUAUACCUAUUCGACUGGGGCCCAAAAACAAUGUGUGCUCCAGGAGGCUUCAGAUUAAACCCAAAAGCUUUAGUAGACUCACUUAUUUAAAAUCCCUUUAUCUGGAUGGAAACCAGCUUCUAGAGAUACCUCAGGGUCUCCCACCCAGCUUACAGCUUCUGAGCCUUGAAGCCAACAACAUCUUUUCCAUCAUGAAAGAGAAUCUAACAGAACUGGGCAACAUAGAAAUACUCUACCUGGGCCAAAACUGUUAUUAUCGCAAUCCUUGUAAUGUUUCAUUUUCAAUAGAAAAAGAUGCCUUCCGAAACCUGAAAUAUUUAAAAGUGCUCUCCCUGAAAGAUAACAAUGUCACAGCUGUCCCUACUGUUUUGCCAUCUACUUUAACAAAACUCUAUCUUUACAACAACAUCAUUGCAAAAAUCCAAGAAGAUGAUUUUAAUAACCUCAACCAAUUGCAAAUUCUAGACUUAAGUGGAAAUUGCCCUCGAUGUUAUAAUGUCCCAUUUCCUUGUACACCCUGUGAAAAUAAUUCUCCCCUACAGAUCCACUUAAAUGCUUUUGAUGCCUUGACAGAAUUAAAAGUUUUACGUCUACAUAGUAACUCUCUUCAACAUGUGCCCCAAAGAUGGUUUAAAAACACUAACAAACUUCAAGAACUAGAUCUUUCCCAAAACUUCUUGGCCAAAGAAAUUGGGGAUGCCAAAUUUUUGCAUUUUCUUCCCAACCUCAUCCAACUGGAUUUGUCUUUCAAUUAUGAAGUUCAGGUCUAUCGUUCAUAUAUGAAUCUAUCAGACGCAUUUUCUUCACUGAAAAACCUGAAAGUUUUGCGGAUCAAAGGCUAUGUCUUUAAAGAACUGAACAGCCUUAACCUCUCCCCAUUACAUGGCCUUACCAAACUUGAAGUUCUUGAUCUUGGCACUAACUUUAUAAAAAUUGCUAACCUCAGCAUAUUUAAACAAUUUAAAAGAUUGAAGGUCAUAGAUCUUUCAGUGAAUAAAAUAUCACCUUCAGGAGAUUCAAGUGAAGUUGGCUUCUGUUCUAAUGCCAGAACUUCUGUAGAAAGUCAUGGGCCCCAGGUCCUUGAAGGAUUGCAUUAUUUCAGAUAUGAUGAGUAUGCAAGGAGUUGCAGGUCCAAAAACAAAGAGACUCCUUCUCUCUUGACUUUUAAUGAAAUUUGCCACAAGUAUGGACAGACCUUGGACCUGAGCAGAAAUAAUAUAUUUUUUGUCAAGCCCUCUGAUUUUCAGCAUCUUUCAUUCCUCAAAUGCCUAAACUUGUCAGGAAAUACCAUUGGCCAAACUCUUAACGGCAGUGAAUUCCAGCCUUUAGGAGAGCUGAAAUAUUUGGACUUCUCUAACAACCGUCUUGAUUUACUCUAUUCAACAGCAUUUGAGGAACUUCACCAACUGGAAGUUCUGGAUAUAAGUAGUAAUAGCCAUUACUUUCAGUCAGAAGGAAUCACUCACAUGCUAAACUUUACCAAGAACUUAAAGGUUCUGAAGAAACUGAUGAUGAAUGACAAUGACAUCUCUACCUCCACCAGCAGGACCAUGGAGAGUGAAUCUCUUAGAACUCUGGAAUUCAGAGGAAAUCACUUGGACAUCUUAUGGCGAGAUGGUGAUAACAGAUACUUACAAUUUUUCAAGAAUCUGCUAAAAUUAGAGGAAUUAGACAUCUCUAAAAAUUCCCUGAGUUUCUUGCCUCCUGGGGUUUUUGAUGGUAUGCCUCCAAAUCUAAAGAAUCUCUCCUUGGCCAAAAAUGGGCUCAAAUCUUUCAACUGGGGAAAACUCCAGUUUCUGAAGAAUCUGGAAACUUUGGACCUCAGCCACAACCAACUAACAACUGUCCCUGAGAGAUUAUCCAACUGUUCCAGAAGCCUCAAGAAACUUAUUCUUAAGGGUAAUCAAAUCAGGCAUCUGACAAAAUAUUUUCUACAAGAUGCUUUCCAGUUGCGAUAUCUGGACCUCAGUUCAAAUAAAAUCCAGAUUAUCCAAAAGACUAGCUUCCCAGAAAAUGUCCUCAACAAGCUGGAGAUGUUGCUUUUGCAUCACAAUCGGUUUCUGUGCACCUGUGAUGCUGUGUGGUUUGUCUGGUGGGUUAACCAUACGGAGGUGACUAUUCCUUACCUGGCCACAGAGGUGACUUGUGUGGGGCCAGGAGCACACAAGGGCCAGAGUGUGGUCUCUCUGGAUCUGUAUACCUGUGAGUUAGAUCUGACUAACUUCAUUCUGUUCUCACUUUCCAUGUCUGUGACUCUCUUUCUGAUGGUGGUUAUGACAGCAAGUCACCUCUAUUUCUGGGAUGUAUGGUAUAGUUACCAUUUCUGUAAGGCCAAGAUAAAGGGGUAUCAGCAUUUGAUAUCAACAGACUCUUGCUAUGAUGCUUUCAUAGUGUAUGACACUAAAGACCCAGCUGUGACAGAGUGGGUUUUGGAUGAGCUGGUGGACAAAUUGGAAGACCCAAGAGAGAAACAUUUUAAUUUAUGUCUUGAGGAAAGGGACUGGUUACCAGGGCAGCCAGUUCUGGAAAAUCUUUCCCAAAGCAUACAGCUUAGCAAAAAGACAGUGUUUGUGAUGACAAACAAGUAUGCAAAGACUGAGAAUUUUAAGGUGGCAUUUUACUUGUCCCACCAGAGGCUCAUAGAUGAAAAAGCAGAUGUGAUUAUCUUGAUAUUUCUUGAGAAGCCCCUUCAGAAGUCCAAGUUCCUCCAGCUCCGGAAGAGGCUCUGUGGGAGUUCUGUCCUUGAGUGGCCAACAAACCCGCAGGCUCACCCAUACUUCUGGCAGUGUUUGAAAAAUGCCCUGGCCACAGACAAUCAUGUGGCUUAUAGUCAGGUGUUCAAGGAAACGGUCUAG